AUUGGACCUAUGACCUAUCCUGGUUUUUGCGCCAGUUUCAGUUGUCAGAUUAGUUUUCCACUAGGUCACCUUAACAGUUGUGUAACGGGGUUAAAAACAAGUUUCACCCACUUCAAUUUACCGCUGUUAACACUGUGUUAUGGAAACGCGAGCUAAGUCCGACGCAUAUUUCGUACAGUAUCAGAAACAGCAACAUGGAGAUCGUGCUAACACAUGGAUAGAACAUAUUAGUAAUCUGGAUAUUGAUCAUGCUCCAUCUUUUGUCAGGCAAACUAACCUAGUUUGUACUCUGGGUGAUUUGUGGGAUACGGAUGAGAAAAUUGACCAGAUGAUAAAAAGUGGCAUGAACAUCCUCCGUUUGAAUCUGAGUAUGGGUUCAAAAGAAAAGUAUGCAGAAGUCAUACGUCGCGUCCGUCAGUUGGAAAAAUCAUACGGCCAUAAUCCAGCUGUUGGGAUCGCACUCGAUCUUUCAGCUCCUCCUGUGCGUACAGGUCUUAUAAAUGGGAGUGUUGACAACUUUGUUGUAGUUCAAACAGGCCAGAUAAUCCAGUUAAGCAUUUCUGACGAAUAUGAAGACAAGUCAUCAAAUUCUGUCAUCUGGAUAAGCUCAAAUUAUUUCCCAACACUUAUACAGUGCGUAGCUAUUGGUGAUCGCAUUUACAUCGAUGAGGGAAUGAUAUCCUUGAUUGUUAGAGAUAUCAAGAUAGACGGCAUAACUUGUUUAGUUGAACAAGGAGGUGAGGUUGGGAGCUAUAAACGUGUUCAGCUACCAAGUGAGAGGCUAUAUGAAAAGACAUUCGACACCACGUAUAAAAGUGACCUGGAGUUUGCUGUUCAAUGUCAGGUUGAUUACGUAUUCACUGGUUAUGCCUCAAAUGCGAAUCAGGUUGCACAGGCUAAGAACAUUCUAGGGAAGGACAUUCUUCUGUUUUCUAAAAUAGAGACUAAAGAAUCAAUAAAAAAUUUGAAUGAUAUAAUGUUAUAUUCCGAUGGUAUUAUUAUUGGGCGUGGUCCUCUCAGUUUAUGCUAUCCAAAUGAAAAGGUUUUUCAGAUACAAAAACAAAUAAUUGCUGCUUGCAAUAUACUCCAUAAACCUGUAUUUGUUAUAACCCAUUUACUUGAAUCAAUGAGAUUUAAACCGCGAGCCACUCGAGCAGAGAUAAGUGAUAUUGCUAAUGCUGUUUUGGAUGGUGCUGAUGGACUUAUAUUAACUGUAGAAACUUCACGGGGAAUGUUUCCGAAGGAAUCAUUAACAGUUUUACACAAGACUUGUCGAGAAGCAGAAGCUGCUGUUUUUCAUGAAAAAUUUUGGAUAGAUCUUAAAGCAGCUAGAGAAAUAAGAGGACUUUCGUAUAUAGAUGCAGGAUAUAUUGCAGGGCUGGCUGCUGUUGAAGCUUCAAGUACAUCAAAUGCAUCUGCUAUUUUUGUUAUUACUACCUCUGGACGUUCUGCAUUGACAAUAGCUUCAUUCCAUCCUUCUUGUCCGGUAAUUGCAAUUAUGAGGCGACCUGAAGUAGCACGAAAAUGUCAUUCCAUACGUGGCAUACAUCCAUUUGUUUUCACAGGUGAGAAAUUGUCAGAAUGGUCUAAUGAUAUGGAUGAAAGAUUGAAUGCAGCACUAAAUUUUGCUAAGAAACGUAAAUUUGUCGGUAAUGGUGAUCAAAUCAUUGUAGUUACUGGACAGGAAGCUGGAAGUGGUUUCACCAAUACUGUGCGUAUAUUUCAAGUAUCAUCUGAUGGUAAUCCUUUGUCUGUUGUAAACUCAAAACCUUCUUUUGAGAAUGCUGGUGAUUGGACACAAUAAAAUGUGUUCAGUUAGCUAAUUUAUUAUGAAUUUCUAUUCUUCCUUUUCUUCAUCUUUUUCUUGUUCCUCCCUAAAAAUCAACUCUAAGGAAUCAAAUUCCAAUCUUCUUUCUUUUGUGGUUGAUUUCUGCAUACAUUUUUGGUUGUCACAUUGUUUUCACAUCUGGAUUCUUAUUCAAAUAAAUUUUAAAAUAUGUAGAAAUCUAAAUUUUGAAUUUCCAUUUUUGUUUAGUGAGUUUUGAGGAAAAUACAAUGGUUAAGUAAUUAUUUACUGAUAUCGAGUAGGUCCCGGUUGUACGCUUUGAUAUUCUGUGGAGUGAAAAUG